AUUAUUAUUAUUAUUAUUAUCAUGACUUGGAUUUCAAUUGCAGGUUAAUUCCUAGGGUUUUAAAAUAAAAUUUUCUAUUCGCAAUUAAAUAAUUAAAAAAAUAAUAAUCAGAGAUUAGGGUUUGAUUAUUGUUAUUGAAUCUCAUGAGAAUUGUUAGGGGAAUGCACAGAUCGUUGCAGGUGAAAACCGAAGAAGAAGAAGCAGAUAUCGGUUGGAGCAAUAAAAGGAAAUCCUUGCCCAAGGCUAGAACUCGUGAUAAAUCAAAAACUAGGGUUUUAUAAUAAUUAAAAGAAGAAAAAGUUUGUGUCUUUUGUUUGUUUUUAGGGUUACGAAAAGAGACGGAUAAGAAUCAGGAUGACUCGUGUUUUUGUUCAGAGAGGGGGUGGGUCUUCUUCGAGUAAUAAUAGUAAUACCAACAGGGCGAAUUCUUCUUCGAGUGUUCAGGUUGCAGGGGAAGAUGAACAGCAGGUUGUCAGUGAGGAUUUUGUUACAGAAACUGUCGAAAGCGAUAAAAGUGAUAAACUUGAUACCGAUGGUGAGAAAAAUGAGGAUGAGAUUGUGGAAAUGGGUUCUUUGAAGGUAAUUGAGGAAGAAGAAGAAGAAGAAGAGGAGAAAGGUGGGUUGAAAAGUAACGAGUAUCCUUCACAGGUGAUAGUUGGGAGUGCAUAUCCCCCGCCUCCACCUGCUCCGCCUCCGAAGCCGGCUUCAACAGGUGGUAAUUCGAGGAGAUUUGGAAAUUCGGGUGCUUUGAGGAUUGGGUCGUCUAGGAGGGCUACUGCGUGGCCGGUUGUUUCAACCAGGACGUCACCUGUGGGAUCAAGAUCUUCGUCUCCUAGGGCACAUUGUGAAAAUGAUGGAUAUAAUAGUGCAGAUGAACAAAACCAGUGUUAUGGUUCCUCUUAUGAUGAUGCUGUGAGUUCUAGUCGCUUUAAUCAGAAUAAUACGGAAAGAGAGCGUCAGUUUGAGAUUGAUAUUAGACGCACAAAAGGUUAUGAAGUUAAAAGAAUGACGGAAGAUGGGAAUUGUAUGUUUCGUGCUGUUGCAGAUCAGGUUUAUGGUGAUUCUGAUGCAUAUGAUUUGGCUAGACAAAUGUGCAUAGAUUACAUGGAACGGGAGAGAGAUCACUUCUCUCAGUUUAUAACAGAAGGUUUCACUUCUUAUUGCAAGAGGAAGAGACGGGAUAAAGUCUAUGGUAACAAUGUGGAGAUUCAAGCAUUAUCUGAAAUGUACAAUCGGCCUAUUCACAUCUAUUCGUAUAGUACUGAGCCUAUAAAUAUAUUCCAUGGAAGCUAUAAUACAGACACGCCUCCUAUUCGGCUAAGCUACCAUCAUGGUAACCACUAUAAUUCUCUUGUUGACCCGCGUCGACUCACAAUAGGUGCUGGGCUUGGUUUUAGCUCUCUGCAGGGGACCAAUGUUGAUAAAGAUCAAGUGAAGGCAGCAAUUAAAGCUCAACAAGAUCAACAGAUUGAUAACGCUCUUUUAGCAGAGGCCCGUUUUUGCUCAGAUGUGGAGCUAACUGAGAAAGAAAUUGAGCGUAUGGUGAUGGAAGCUUCACGGGCUGAAUACAUUGCUAAUGACAAGUUUAAGCAACAACUUGGUCAAAGAGAAUCUUCAACAUCUGAUGCUGAACCAUCAUCAUCUGGAGCCAGGCCAUCAGGAAGUGAGAGCCAGGGUGAAGAAGGAUCCGUCCUAUGCAGCAGUAUGCAGAUGGUGUUGUCAAUGGGCUUCACCUAUGUGCAGGCAAUGGAGGCUUACAGCAUAUUUGGUGAUGAUGUGGACUCCAUGGUUUGCUAUCUGCUUGAAACCAGCAGCAGACGUAAAGGCAAGGCCACCGAGUAGAGACGGACUUUGUUUUGAUCUGCCGGUAGUCCAAUGUAAUAGUUUUAGUGAAAUAGUGGUAGUCGUAAUAAAUAUGGGUUAUUGCAAAGUUGUGCAAUAACCUUUUAUUUGGAUUGAAUCUUGAAACAUUGUGUAUGUUCAGUAUCGCCAUCUAUCCUUUUGUA